AUGUCUUGGGUGGCAAUUCACAGCAGCCUGGAGCCGACCGCCCCCGCUCUCAAGGGGCCAGCCUCCCGUGGCGGCGUCCCGCGCAGACGGAGACCGCCGCCGCGGAGCGCUCUCGGAUCCGCGCCGGCCGCGCUCUCCUCGGGGCCGCUCCUCGCUCCGCCUUUGCCGCCUCCCCAGCCUCGCUCGCGGCAGAAGGGAUUCCCGGCGCCAGCUGCCUCCGCGAGCCCCGCGGAGCGGCGGGCUCCUCCCCUGGAAACUCCCCCGGGGCUGGGGCAGGCUUCGGCGCAUGCUCCGUACCUAGGGCAGGUUUUCGCUGCGGGUAGCACGGCUCCUGUCACAUCGGCUGGCGGGUUGUGGCGGUGCCAGCCAGUGUGUGCGAGUGUGUCUGCGUGCCCGCGCCUGGGCGGACCGACCCGGAGCGGCGGUGCGACUCGCCGGGAGAGGCCGCUCCGCACAGGCGCCUCGCCCGCAGCCGCCGCGGGGGCCCCUCGGCAAACUUGCGGCGGACGCUGUCCGCCCUCCGCCCUCGCGGCCAGGGCACCGGCACGCGUGCGGGGCGCGGUGCCCGCGGCCGGCCGGGGCGGCGGGGCCGGGCCGCGCCUUCGCCCUUGGCCAGCGCCCUGGCGAGCCCCAUGCAGCCCCCGCGCUCGCGGCCGCAGCUGCCUGGCUGCCCGGCGGCCCGGGGCAGGUCCGGGACCGGAGCCGCUCGACCCAGCGCCUGAGCGCGGGCGGCGGGAUGCCCCGCGUGGCCUGAGAGCGCGCCCGGCGCCCCGGCGGGAGCAGGAGGCGGCCCGAGCCGGGCGCUCCCGGGAGCGCAGGGCGCCCCGCGCCGCAGCCUCGACCGCACGCGCCGGCGCCCGCCUACCCGCUCGGUCCGAAGGCCCGGCUCUUCCCGUCCCCAGCGCCGGAGCGCCGCGGGGCCGCCAGCCAGCCGCACGUCUGCGCGCCAGGGGCAUGGAGGAGCGGCGGGCUCGGAGCCGCGCCCCUGAGUCCCCGAAACUUCCGAGCGGGCGCCCGUCUGCGCCGCUGCCGCCGCCGCCGCGUCGCCUGCCGGCCUGA